GUAAACAAGGAAGCUAAACGCCUUCUGAAUUGGUACGUAGAGAUAUUUUCCAGUUUCUCUCGGCCGUUAUAAAUUGACCGAAGUAUCCCUAACACCUUCCAAGCACGUAAGGAGCUCCCAGGGUUGUUUUCGUAAACUAGUGUGUAUAUAUUGUGGUGUGGGAGACUGGGGGAGAAAGCUAGCUAGCUAGGGGGAUGAAGAUGAAGGCGUGCGAGCUGUGUGGAGUGAGAGCUCGGAUGUACUGCGAGGCGGACAGGGCGAGUUUAUGCUGGGACUGCGACGGGAAAGUUCACGGAGCUAACUUUCUGGUGGCGAAGCAUCCGAGAGUGCUGCUCUGCCACGUGUGCCAGUUGAAGACGCCGUGGACGAGUUGCGGAGCCAAGCUGACGCCGACGGUGUCGGUCUGUGAGAGUUGCGUGGGAAGGAGGAGUAAGAUUGAGGUGAACGAGGAGCAAGAAAGCGAGGCAGAUAAUGAAGAAAAAGAAGAAGGAGAAGAAGGAGAAGAAGAUUAUGAUGAUGAUGAAGAAGAUGAAGUAGAUGAGGAUGUUGAGGAUGAUGAUGAGGAGGAUGAGAACCAGGUGGUUCCAUGGUCGUGCUGUUACUCGCCGGAACAGCUUCCACCAGCGGCGAGUGGUUCGGAUAGUGAAGCCGAGGUUUCGGUGUCGACGAAGCGACUACGAGAGAAUGUAGAUUUGGAUUGUUCUGAUGAUGAGGUAGGGUUUGACGGGACGGCGUCGUUUGGUGGUUCAUUAAGACCGUUGAAACGACCGAAACUAGGUGAAGAGAGCAAUGGUGACGGAGAUGAUGGCGGUGAAUCGGAGUGGAGAGCAACGGCGAUCGUGAGCUCUAUUCAGAGGCUGGAAAACGAAGUGAUCCACGGUGGCGGUCAUGCAUCCGCCGCGGUUCUUAGGAUUUGCAAACUUAGCAGAGAUGAGUGAAGCCAUUGAUAUAUAAUUAGUAUCAAUUAGCUUUAUUGUUGAUGUUGUCCAUAGCUAUAACCACAUAUUCAGUUAACCGCGUCAUUCAUAUGAACAGAGAAAGAUGCUUUACUUCUCUUUGUGGUCAAAAACUUUCCACGCCUUUUACUUAGAUUGAUAAUGUGUUCUUCAUUUAGAAAUCAAGUACAACUUUCUUUCCUGC